UCCCAGUACUAUACUUAUGAAGAAAAGGGGCGUUUUCGUGAUAUGAUGCCGUUGAAAUCGUUGAAAAUAUAUCAUUCCACAUGUAUCAUUUCCUUCAUCCGCGUGCAAAAUGAUAGGUGUGAUCGUGUGAUGUGUUGUUGUUAUAUUAUAACUACUAGUAACAUCAAGUGUCAAAAAAAUAAAUAGAUAGAUAGAUGCAACACGUAUAGAACAAUUUUACACGUAGAAGUGCUGUUUUUAAAUAAAUAAAGUAUAGCUGCUUACAUACUGUCAAACGUUAACAGACAUUUGAUCUGAAUGAGGACUGAGGCACAGACAUCAUCAGAAUGGAGGAGACCAGAGCCAAGGAGCGUUGGCAGUUGCUCCAGAGCCUGCGAUCCACCGUCGAGGGUCUGCUGACAAAUGGAGUGUCCAAUGUGUGGAACGUUUAUGGAGGACUCAAUCGUUUGCAUAACAUAAUGGAGAGGAUAUUUAAGCAUGGCUGCAGAGUUUUUGAUACCAGUGGUGAACCAGAUUGCUGGAUAUUCAUACAAGGGCUGAACUGGCUUCAGCCUUCAUUGGCCUCUUCUCCAACCAUCCGAGACUGUGAUGAAUAUCAUGACAAUCUUCCAAAUAGGAUUAUUUCGCACAAAUAUCUAUUAUGGUUAUAUAAGAGUCUGGAAGAUCACUCUUUAUCACAGAAGCUAUCGUGGCUGCUGUCGGAUAAGGAAUAUUUGCUCUCUUGCCUGGAACCCUGGGCUUUUCUUUGUCAAGAAAAUUUAUCUGAGGCCACGCUUGUUUGUUUAAGGGCUGUAGAAAAAAAUCAACCAGCUCUUUUGACUGAAAUCGAUCCAUCCUUGUUCUUACCCAACUGGAGUAGCAAGGACAGUCCGAAACGAGCGCAUCGGCGCUCCUCGUCAUUUCCAGUGAAUCUCCGCCCGCGGUCUCAGCUCGAGCAGCAGCAAUCGCUCGACGAGACCAAAGGCACCGAACCCAGGGUCGAGGAAAAGCCGAGAAUAGAGAUAGCGACGAACCAGCGUGCGAUCAACGAGGAAUUAACAAACAACGCUGGCGAUGCAGUUUCGCUCAAGACCUGGAGCAGUUUUCCCGAUCAGCUGAACGGAGACAAGGCAACGGCAUCUGCAGUCGAGACCGAGACGUCGGGAGGCAAGAGGAUGACAGGCGCGAGUAGCCUCAGCGAGCACGUCGCCCAGUCGAUCGAGCUCUCGGAUGUGAUCAAGGUCGAUUACCCCGAGACCAAGGCCAUCAAUGCCUCGACCUUAACCACAGCCGAGAAGAACUGCAGUCCUGCCAAGUCCAAGUAUCACAACGCCUCGAGGAAGAGCAAGAAGUCGCGCAGCCGAGAUCAGCGCAGCAACGGCAACGGUAGCUCGGAUACCCUCAACUUCGAGGAUAGCGUAGCGAAAAGUGCUAAAAGUCAGCCCUUGAAACCGACAAUGAACUCGGACCACGGUACAACGGAGUCGGUGACAAUUGUUGAGAACAAUUCAAAGCACGGCAGGGAAACGAGGCGCAAGGGAUCGUGUCUGGCUGGCUCAGCACCAGAGUUCUCGAGCGGUGGUUCUUGGAGUACCGAGGUCGAGGGUCAGCGGGACGUGCGCACCCCUAAGAAGAGUUUCAUCGAGGAAGGAGGAAACAGCGUGCUGCCCAUGGCUACUGGGUACUUUCCGAGGCCCAAAGAGGGACAGAGUCUGACGAGCUUCCUGUCGUCCGGGCAGUUUGCCAGGACCAACGCUGAACUGGAUAGGGAGAACGCACACUUUAGUAUUUCUGAGGCGAUGAUUGCCGCCAUAGAGCAGAUCAAGUGUAAUCGAGAGCUAAGGUCAGCGGACGAAACGGUGGACGAAAGUGACGAGGAGAUCAAUAGUCUCAAGCAGAGGAUAAGACUGAGGCGACGACAGCGUCAGGAAGAGCGACGGAAGGUCUGGACGCGCGAUCUACUCAGUGACGGAAAAACUGAUACCACGACAACUGAUCAGAGUAUCAGUCCUUUGUCGACGUCGCCGGGUACUCCGUCCAACGAUAGUAUUUCGACCGACGACGUCGAUGAUUACGAAAUAGACGACACUCGUAGUUUGUCACAACAGCUCAAAAACUCGGGAUUAUCAGUAUCAAUGGCGUCUCUGUAUUCCGAAGCUGACUUGUACAAAUCAUCGCCAAAACAUGGCCUAGAAUCAAAUUUAACUGACAGUUACAUGUCAGCCGAAGGUGUUGCGUUAUCUCUGAUAAGUAGGUUCAGUGAAAAACACCUACCUCGAGCUAGUGAACUCAAGUGGCUCGUCUCUGAACGAGAUGCCCCUCAAAGAUUAUUGCCUCUUCCGAAAAGUUGGCCAGUCAAUCCAGAUGAGGUGGAAAGUUCUGACGGCAGUAUGGUCCCGCUUCGAGGUACGAUUGAGUGGGCACCGCCAAGACCUCAAAUCAUUUUCACAGCCCAUCCAGCUCCUGUGAGACGAAUUCUGAUAGCUAAACAGAAUUACCGUUGCGCGGGAUGCGGAAUGAGGGUUGCCGUCAAAUAUGCCAGCAAAUAUCGUUACUGCGAAUACUUGGGUAGAUACUUCUGUACAGGUUGCCACACGAAUCAGGUGGCUUCGAUACCUGGUAAAAUUUUGUCCAAGUGGGAUUUCAACAGGUAUCCCGUUUCCAAUUUUUCCUACAGAUUGUUGGACCAAAUGUCGGUGGAUCCUCUGUUUCGAGUUAAUGAUUUGAAUCCAUCUUUAUAUCGAAGGAUAAAACAACUGAACCGCACGAGACUGCUACGAACGCAAUUAUUUUACCUUAAAGAUUUUUUAUUUACCUGUAGAUUCGCAACACAUACCCAAGAAGCUUUAAGAAGACAAGGGAGUCACAUGAUAUCUGAUCAACACAUUUAUUCCAUCGAAGAUUUCUUACGGGUCAAAAACGGAACACUUUCACUUGAAUUGAAUAACUUGGUUCAAGAGUGCUGUAAGCAUGUAGCCGAAUGCAUACUGUGUCAAGCCAGAGCCUUCGUUUGCGAAUUUUGUAAUUCUUCUGAGGUAAUAUAUCCGUGGGAGUUGAGUAAAGUGACGCGAUGCGAGAGCUGUGGUGCUUGUUACCAUCUUAGAUGUGUUAACCCAAAUCACAACUCGAAAAGACUGGACUGUAAGCGUUGUACUCGACUGAAAGAGAGACGUAUGUGUAAUGAAAAAGAAGUUAACAAUGUAAAAGUGGCAAUAGAUGAGAGGUGAUGGCCUGCACGUAGACAAAAAGACUGAUCGUUACCGUUCGUAUUUGUAAAUUAGCAAAAUAGCAGAAUAUUUUUGGGGAACGUACUGAACUAAUAGUGCGCAAAAGGGCAUUUAACGAGUGUUCCUCCGAGAUUUUGGAAUCUCAAAUUUUUUUAAUCAUAGCAUUUUGUAAAGUUGGAAUUAUAAAUUUCAAUGCUUACAAGUUCAAUAACUUGUACAAACUAUUAAUUUAUUACUAUAUAACUAUUAGUGUUGGUACAAAAACUCUCAAUUAAUUUAAGGCAUUAUAAAAUUAAUUAUAACAUUAUUGAAAUAACAUCCCCAAUUUACUUCCCAUUUGUUGUAAUUGUUAUGAAAGUAGAAAAACCGUCACUGGUGAAAAAGAUGACAAUUUAGUAUUAUGAUCUUGGACAUAUUUAUGCAGAAAGGGAACAGCUUAGAUGUGAAAUGUAGUACUAAUCUUUCAAGUGAAUGAAACGGAAGUAAAAAACAAACGAAAAAAAGCGCUUAAAGCGUAAAAAUUAAUAUUCCGAGGCAACCUUGGUAUCAUGAUUGUGCUUUAAACAAUUCAUAAUUUUUACUGAGCUUAUCGGAGAGAAUAUGCAUUAAUUUAUUUUAUAACAGUUGUCUCCUGUUUAUUAAACCUAAUUGUCCCCUUAUUAUUCCUCGGCCACGCAGUUCACAAAAUUUAUUUUUCCUUAAAUCAAUAUAUUAUAUAUAAUAUACACCUUAUUUAUAUGUACAGAAGAAUAACACCGUGACUAGACACAUUUAUUACGUAAUGCCAUUGAAUCUAAAUUUGAUUAAUAAAUAUUGAUUCUAAUGCUGGUUAAAAAGUAGUAAAAUAAUAAAAUUAAAAUAUUACCGAUUUCAGUCGAAAUACAAAUAUGUUGUACCUGGCUUUUGUUGAAGAUAUAAAAAAACCUACUGUGAAUCCCAACACUUGAAAAAGUAUUUAAUUAAUUCAUGCCUUGAACAUCUUUCAUACUUAAAUUAGUGCACGAUAUGUCUCGUAUUAACAUGAUGCAGUCACUAUUUUAUAAUUGUGAAAAAAGGAUAGGAAACAGUACAUUAAAAAUUAAAAAUUUAUUGUUUUAAAUUAGGUCACAUUUUAGUUAAUUUUCACAUGCACACUUGUUUCUCUGAUAAAAUAUAACAACAUUAUAUACAUACUGUAGCAUAUAAAUUUCAGUAGCUAAUAUUAUGUACACGUAUUUUAUUUCAAUUGAAGAAUCCAAAAAGUGAAUUAUUACAAUGAAUCGCACAACAGUAGCCUACAAUUUAGAAGACUUACACAAAUUUCGCAUGAUAAAGGUCGAAUAUUGUCGUCAAAUAUAAAAACAAGAAUAUCUUCAAUCAAAGACAUGUAUCACUCAAGCACGAAAAAAUUGUCACGUUCAUAAUUCACGUAUCACAAACGAAUGAUACUGCUAACUUUCUUAACUAAAAAGAUUUAAUGUCACAUUCACGUAAUCACUUUAAUGUGAAAUUUUAUUGAUGUUUAUUAAUGACGCUUACAAAGAAUGAAGCUGAAUUUUUUUUUUUUUUUUUUU